UCCAUCGCCAUUGAGCCACUUGAAGUGCAAAAUCUAAUGAAAAUAAAUAGUGAGACUUGACAAAUGUGAUCUUUGUAUUUCUCAAUCUUACAAAUAUUUUUCUACUUCAUUUCACUAUAUAAUAUAUCAAAUAUAUUAAAAAUAUAUCAAAACCAAUCAAUAAUUAUUCACCAAUUCUUCCUAACGUAAAAAUUGUCCGAAUGUAUCCCAGAUGAUGAUAAAAUCUGUACAACAACAAGGUUAAAGAGUGGACUAAUGACAUUAAUUCCAUUGAAUUAAUUUAAUUGUUGUAAUAAAAAUGUCAAAUAAUAAAAUGCAGAUGAAUGUAAACGACAAGAUGAUUGAAGAAACCGCGAAAGAUUAUGCGGCGUAUCUUCAGGUGAAUCUCCCAAGUCAGACGAGAGGAGUGCAUGAAGCUGUGGAUGAAAUGCUGAUUCGCCUUGAGGAAUUCGAGUCAAUCGUUGGAAUGGUGCAAAAUUUACGAGCGGAAUGCACGUUUGAGCACCUGGUGCGCUUCCGUUCGGUUCAUCCAGCUCUGAUGGAGUUGUGCAAACGAAUCGAUGCACUCGAACAUGUCGUUGCCAGAGCAAGCAUUGACCUGGUGAGCUUAGAGGCAGCUGUGGAAGCUGCUGAAGCCGAAUUAGGGGCCAGCACGACAGUUUCCGAUCGUCUUUUUGGUAUCUUCAAUCCACUUUCACUCUUUAAAUCGAAAAAUCAAGAAACAACCGCCGCCUCGUCGUCGACGACUCAGGAGCCGUCAAGGCAAGAGCCCUUCGUUCUUCCCACCAUCUACAAGACCGAGGACGCAUUCAACACGAGUCAAUAGACAGCGCGUCAUAUUCAC